CCACCAGGUAAGUGAUUCAUAUUUUUAGGAGUACUUCUUCUUAUCACGAAAAGGUUGUCAUUCAAGCCUCACACGUAACGCUUUACAUGCUACAAACUUCACGUUGACCAGCGAGUGUAGUGCUACAGACUCGAGCAAAUGACUUGUGAUAAGACAGCUUUAGAUUCGAGGGAGCAAUAAUAGUGGAAGUUGUUUUUUCUUUGUAGUGUCUUAAACAUACAACUUUUCGCUUAUUUUCAAACAAGAUCGGCAAAUUGUUUCGCCGAAGAAAGCAAGAGCGAUAGUCAUGGAUAGUCAUAACAAAACCUUCUCUGAAAAACAUAGGCACGCACUAUGUACAUAUCAGGUUGAUUAUAAUAAAAAAAGCUAAGCAAUAGCAGGAGUCUAUAAGCUUGAGCAAGGAACUCCCUUGUGCCCAUGCCAUAGCUUUUUCACAGUGCAGUUUAUUUUUAGAUAGAUUUUCCUGCAGAUUUUGAGUCUUAGUCUUAAGUCUUAGUGAGUGCAAAUCGUUCUGCAAAAUUGGUUUCCCCCAGUAUUUUUACAAAUUAGACUUGAAUGUGACAUUUUAUUGACAAAAGUAAAUAUUUGCAUUAACAAGAUAAGCUUAAAGCAAGGGGCACUCAUGAACCAACCCACAGCCUGGCCAAUACUUCACGCAUGCGCACAGCCAUAUCACCCGGGCAGUGGCAGCCAUGGACAGCUGUUUUGCCCUUAUUGGGGUUCAUCAGCUGGGCCUAUGUAUGGACAAAGCUGUUUAGCAGAGGCCCUUUUCUCAAUCUGUAAUUGCACAGGUAUCAUGGAGGUCAAGAGUUCCAAUCUCAUACAAGCAUGAAAGUUGUGUCUGUCACUACACUGACCUGCCUUACAGUUAAUUUGUUUUGCUUUUUUUAAUAUCAAGUAUGGAGAAGGAGAAACCGGGAAAAGAGAAAUUUACAGUUCGACUAAAGCGUAAUGUGACAUCACUGCUCAAGAAAAGAAAGCGAUAUUCAACACAAAAUGCAAGGAAUAGAGAAAGUGCAAUCACUGACACUCAGCCAUCAAAAGAAAACAGUGAAGGUGAUGAGUUAAUGCUAAGCGUGGUACUUGAUAGUACUGAUAAGCAACACCAUGACACAAUCUCCCCUGAAGAAAAAGAUUCAGAAAAGGACAAAGGUAAGAACUCUACGGCAGAAAAUAUUGAAAACAAAUUGGCCCAGAAACUUAUUUUUAAUAUGCACAUUGUUUAGUACUUUUACAGAACUGUCUCCAUUAACUGUGUUUACCAGCUUUGUUUAAUCACUACAACAGCCUGAGAAAACAGCCAACAUUUGGCGACACUACUACUGGUUUCCCCACCAAAUGAUGGCUGAGAAACAAGUGCAGAAAUUCCAUACUGAUGACGCGUCACUACCCAGAUCUGGGUAGUGCUUCUGAUUGGUCGUGCCGUGUGGGAAAUUGAUUCAAGUGAUGCGUCAUCAGUAUGGAAUUUCUGCGCUCGUCUCUUAGACGUCAUUUGGUGGGGAAACCAGUGGUAGCAUCACCAAAUGUCAGCUGUUUCCUCACUACACUAAUAAUAAUGAAUAAACAUGAGAAAAAUUCUCAAAAAAGGCAAUUAGCCAAUGUAGUAAAAAGUACAGAAACGAAGAAAUGAACAAAGCCUUUUGGUUGGUCAAUAAACAAUUGAAUCAAUACUGAUCAUAUCACCCCUCCUGUAUGUGCUUUUUGUUGUUGCUAUUAUCAAAUUGACACUAAAAGUCUUUCCAUAAGUAUCAGAAAGUAUUGUUUUAAGGAAAAGUAGCUGCAGCUGUAAAUCAAAGCUAACACUACCUUGCUCUAUCAUUGUUUAUUGUUGCUAGUUUUGUGCUCUCAGUGCUAAAUAUUUUAACUUUUCUGUUUUAAAUUAAGUGAAUGUCGAUGUCUGCUUUACAUUUGACAAAUGCCAAAAUUUGACUUGCUCUUUGAAAAGCAUACAUCUAAGUUGAUUCAAACUUUCUUAAAAGCUCUCUUGGUUUGAAGAUCAUAACAAUUUAUUGUGUUGACAACAGCAUGGCCACAAAUGAUAAAUAAAAUGAUAAGCAUCCACAUCUACAUUAAAAAAUGCUAUGAGUGCUAAUUGAAGCAUUUACAUUAAAUAUUAUACUCCUGUAAAAAAAUUUUAAAAAAAAGCGAGUAAAGAAUGAUGGUGUCUACAGGAACCUUGAGUAUCAUUGCUUCUUAAUUUUUGUCUUGUGUACAGUUGUUGAGAUCAGAAGUCUACAUGUUCAUUAAUUACAGUUUAUAAUGAUGAGAAACAUCAAAGAAAACAAAACAUUUUGACCCAUUGUAGCUUUGAUUUGUCUCAAGGGUUUAAUAAUGGAUUUUUUGUAAUUUCCUUGCUAGUUGGUGAAACAGCAGCUGGUGAUGAGAAGCUACUGAAGGAUUUGCCCUCUGAAGGUUACCAAAAACUAGUAGAACACUUACAACCAUUAUCAGCCACUGGAAGAGACUACAGGUCAUUAGCAGACAAAAUGGGAUACUCAAAUCAGUACAUUCAGUGGCUUGGAAGUACUGAUAAUCCUGUUAUGAACUUAUUAAGAAAAUUCCGGGAAAAUGACCGGAAAAUUUCAGCAAUGACAUCUUUGCUAAAAGAGAUGGAACGAAAUGAUGUGCUAGAGGACCUUCAGCCGUAUGUAGGUUAGUGUUAAAAUGCAGCUUGAAAAGUUGGGGUUAUUGUUUGUUUAACUGGAGGUCCCUGCAUCUCUACAAGGUACUCCUGCUUUGACAUAGUUUUGUAGGAAAACCAUUUUUUGACAUGUACUUGUGAUAAAAUUACAGUGGAACCCAGUUAACAGGGAAACCAAGGGGACAUGCCAUAGUGUCCUUAUUAUCCGAGUGUUCAUAUUAAGCAGGCUCUCAGAAAAAAUGUUACAGAAGGUAGAAAUUUUUGCAAGGAAACACUGCCUUAUUUCUUAUCUGUAACUUUAACAAGUUCAUCCCAAAGAAACCUCAUGAUAAUUUAUCAUAAAAACUACCUUUCAAGUACAUUGUGUGGUGCAUGUCUCUUGAAACACAACAAUGGAAUCUGUGACUUGACUUUGUACCAACGCUUUUAGUUUGUGGCUCAGCCAGAUGGACUUGACAUUAGACAGAAUGUUUGAAAAGCCAUUUGCUGUUUCUGCUAUUUUUUUUUUCUUUAAGUGGUAAGUUUUUUAGUCAUAGACACUGCGCAGAUGAAGAGUGUCUAUUAAGCAAGGUUGUUGAUAUAUGGGAGUACAUGUAUGUGACACAGGACGUAGAAUAGUGUUCUUUGUUCAUAUUAACCAGUGCCCAUAUUAAGUAGGUUGAAAAAUGUUGUGUUCAGUCAAUUAUCCUUUGGUGAGUGUAGUCUUGUGCAAACUACAUAGUCAUUUUUGUUGUUAUUUUGUUAUGUUCAUUCAGAUGUAACCCCUACAAAAAGUCAAAGAGAGAAACGUCAGCAAAGACUGGGUUUGUAUAGUAUUAUUUCUAACUUUUAUUAUAUUCCAGUACCUGCCUGCAUUGUCAAAUAAUAAGGCAUUCUGAAUUUCAUUCAGUUGGUUUUGCUUAUCCUUUCAUACGGAAAUGAGUUUUUAUCCAUGAACAAAUAUAACUCAUUUUCAUAAGAUGGACUGUGUGAUAGGCCCAAUUUUUAAAGAGGUUCAGAACAAUAAUAAUGAUUCGGAAAUGGGCUAUAUUUUGUUUGCGGAGGUCUCUUUUUAUAGUGGCAAAUGCAGAAUUUAUUUUACAGUAAAAUUUACGUACUUAACAAAAUAAUAGAUUCCACGUUGCCGUGUGUCUGUUCAGUAAUAGAUCACAGAUGAUGUCAGAAUGUGGUAAAAACAAAGAAGUGGCAGACAAGCCGCAGGCGAGUGAGUGUGACUGAUGUUUUUACCACAUUUUUUACAUCCUCUGUGAUCUAUUACUGAAGAGACCCACGGCAACAUGGAAUCUAUUUGUUUUAUACAAUGAUCAGGAAAAAAAAGACUGAUACACAUACCUUCCUCAUACCGCUUGACUGUUCAAAGAUUUGUGCUAGUUUAGGCAAGACAGUGAACUCAUCUCUCAUAGCAAUGACACACGAUGGCAACUGUUGUGAAGAUUUCUUGAAUUUUAGGCAUUCUUAAGUUGUAAAGAGCUCUUUUUCUCUCCUUUUCUCCAUUUUUCUUCUUUGUAAAUAGCUCUUGCAAAGUUUUUUCGAGGCUUUCACUUGCCCUUAAUCUGAAACCGCUCGAUAUGUUAAACAAAACAAAGAAAACAAGUUUCCUGUGAUGUCAUGCAUGUAUCUGUACUCCAAUAGAUCAUGAAUAACGACCAAUCACAGCACACGUAGCAUUCACAUCAUUGUAUAAACUGAAAUAGAUUUCCAAACAGCAAAGACUGCUCUGUAAUUGUUUAUUUUUAAGACUGGUCAUAUUACACACGUUGUAGAUCUGAUAUCAAGUCACACUGAUGGUUUCUGAAAUCUGUAGUUUUACAUAACAUAUGCUAAGAAUACAUAAAAUUUUUUGCUGAUACAUACUGUGAAAUACAUUGUCUUGUUUCUACUUUUACUCUAAGUUAUAAUACAUUAUUUUUCUUGAAUUGAAAUGUUGCAAACUACUCACAAGCCUUUUGUUUCAUUUUUCUUGCAGAGGAGAUUGAGGGGUUACAAACAAGUAAGUAUAUUUAACAUCUUUUGCAGUUAUUUUUUUGUGAUGAAAUUGUUACAGCUAGUCAACUCAGAGUAUUAAGACAGAAAGAGUAUUAAGACAGGAAAUUGAGCAAUUUCAAUUUUUAGUGGACAAAAACCUUGUAGCAGAAUAUUUAAACAAUAUCGCAUUGUGUUUUACAAUUUUUAUGGGCUGUAGAUAUAAAAAUUAAUUACCUGUAAUAACACCAUUUUCUCAUGGGAGUCCGAGAAAAUAAAUGUCAAACUUCAGAAGAAUAAUGUGAAAACAGAGGUAACAUUCUGAAAAUUUCACGUGUAAGGUGUCAUUUUGUGAAAAUUGACAUUUAUUUUCUCGGACUCUCAUAAGAAAUUUUUUUUGGUGUUAUUACAGACAACUAGUUACAUUUAUAGCCCUUGAAAAAUGUAAAAAAGAAUGCGAUAUUGCACAGGGAACCCGAACGCUGUAUUUGCUAACAAAAUAAUAAAAGGUACUUACUUUUAGUCCUUUGUCCUUAUGAGUCGUUUUGGAAGGGCUUUGAAUCCGAUCAGAGACAGUUAACAUUGCUGGGAAUGCGAAUGUAGGAUCACCAUCCUACAUGUGUUUUGUUUUAGUUUAAGCUUGUCUUGCCGUGGUCAUAAAAGUUGUAUAAAGCAUUAAUUUUCAUUCUUUGCUUGCAGUUCAUGAUUCAUACGAUGCAUUUCUUUGCUUUGCAAAUACUGCCAAAAAGGACAGUGAAUUCGUGGAAAAACUGCUCAAAAAAAUGGAGAGCCCACCUUAUAACUUACGACUAUGUUUUAGUGAGCGUGACUUCCUUGGUGGUGGUUGUUACCUUCAAACUGCUGCAGUAGCCAUCGAGAAACGAUGCAGAAAGUUUGUAGCUGUGCUGUCAAGCAAUUUUGAUGACAGUGAAGGAGCAAUCUAUGAAUCCCACAUUGCUAUGAGUCUCUCACCAGGUUAGAUAAAAAUGGCAGCUUGGGAGACAAUGGAGGGGUAGGCAGGGUUUAUAUUAGCAGCUGUCUUUUUCUUUCUUCUUUUCUUUUUUUUUUCUUUCCAAUUUUUUUUUUUUUUGAAUAUUACAGGGUGUAAAGAAAGUCAGUUUUACAGCCUGCCAUUCAGGCAAGCUGUAGCUAGCAUGCACUAGCCCACAAGUCAUUUUAACUAGCUCAAAAACCCUUUUUGAUCAGCAGUAUUGAUUACAAUCCUUCUGUAAUUUGAAUUUCCCUAAAAAAAACAGCACUGGCCCAUCAGGCAAGUUAAGAACAAAAUUCACUAGCCCAAUAGCAAAAUCCACUAGCCCCAGGCCAUCAGACACGAUUUUCUUUGCACGCAGCAUUAACCGGCAAUAUUUUAAUAUUUAUAAGACUUUUUGUGUUAUAGUUUUCAUCGAUCUAAUGCUGAAAACAAAGGUUGAGCCCCUAAAGACAACUACAUGUAGUCUAUGAGAUAACUCAUUGCCACUAUUGAAUCAAAACCGUGCAAACUAUCUGAUGUACAAAAAACAAAGAAAAGUCGAGUGAUAUUGUUCGACCAUAAAGUACAUCAUUUCUUGUUUAAGUUAACGUAGAGUUAGCAGUUUCAAGGUAACAAUGUGAUAUAACCAUUGUCCUCUCUCUUGUAGGGGCACAAGAGCGACGCUUCAUCCCCAUCCUGAUUGAAGAUGCAUAUCGAUUCAAAAUUCCACUGACAAUACAGCAUCUUACUUAUCUUGAUUAUAUCAGAGAAGAGGAAUCAAACUUCUGGUACAGAUUAGCCUGUUCACUGGGUUGGAGAAGAAACUGACUUUUCAUUCUUACUAGCUGAGAAAGCAUCAAAGUGUAAAAUGGUUUUUCGACUCUUUUUU